GGAACGAACGGGCCUCAGCCGCAAACUUUCCUAAACCCCGUUCCCUCACGCCCCUUUCUUCCUCGCUAACUAUCCCUUUCAACCUUCUACGAACUCUCUUUUAAAUGUGAUCUCCCAUUUCCAGUACCAAAAACAACACAUAACCCUCCUUGUUCUCCCCUCCGCUCCUCCUCGUAGUCCAGCAAUAAGAGAAAGAUGGCUUCUUUCUCCUGGGUUCUUCCUCUCCUUUUCCUUCUUUUCAUGGCUACCAUCUCCGCCAAUCUCAGUUUCUCUGCUGAAGCAGACGGUUCCGCGGGAUCAGCAAUGGAGGAGAUGAGGCCAGUGGCGCCAGUGCCGGGGAUCCAGCAAUUGAUGCUUAACGAAACCCGGCGGCAGCUCAGCAGCUUCCAGAUAUGUGCUCUUUGCACUUGCUGUGGAGGCCCAAAGGGCCUAUGUCUUCCUUCUCCUUGUUGCUAUGCCAUCAGCUGCAACAUUCCAAACAGGCCCUUCGGCUUCUGCUCCUUUCUUCCCAGGACUUGUAAUUGUUUUGGAUGCCAUCUCUAACCUCUGAAUCUCUCUAUAAAAAUUUAUUUUAAAUGCUAGUUUCUAUUUGCUAAGUUACAGUUCACUUUGAUGCAAGUGUAAUGGGGAGGAAGGGGUAAUUGUUUGGUUCCAUAUGUUUAUUUGCAUUUGGUUUAAAAUAUACUGCUUAUGUAUGAGGUUUGAAAAUGGAACAUUAGAGCAUUGUGUUAGAUUUACAGUUUUAUUAAUCAAACUUUUAAAUUUGGGAUCAAACUGAAGUUUUGCUUGCUUUCUUUUCUAUCUUUGACGGGCCCUGUUUGUUACAUGGUUAUUUGAUUAGAUGUUUCUUGUUAUUUUGCAGUGAAUGAUUUCCUGAGAAAUUGGACAAUAAUCAAAAUAGUAUUUUGUUUCUGUUUGAUA